AAAAAGCCAAAGAAGGCAGGGUGACUGGUGAGGAUCGAGCGUAAACAAAAGUAGAGGGUUGGCAAGCCACCGGGAUCCCCGCUUCACUCUUCGGUCGUUUCGCCAGCUCGAAUCGCUACUACUCUGCUCACUUUUCCACGACACCCAUUGCCACGGUCCAUUCCAUUUGCCAGUAGCAUAUACAAAGGGACAGCUCGGGACGCGGCUACUAUAUAUAUCAAGGGAAAAACCACACAUGUCGUCUAUUCUUCGCAGACAGGUCUUCAGAGCCGCUGCUGGUUCGCUGUCGACCGUUGCACGCCCCCAGAUUCAAGCUAUCCCUGCUCGCCUGACCCUUGCCGCGAGAUCAUAUGCCUCUGCCUCGGCUGCUGAAGCACCCCUGAAAUCCAAUAUCUCAACCACCUCCUCUGCGCUUGUUUCUUCCACAAAGGAUCUGAUCAUCAGUGGCAAUCGUAUCGUCGCAGGAGCCGUCGUUUCUCGUCAGCCUUUGAUCCUUCGAGACCUGUCUCCGUUCGAGAAGGAAUACUUUACGUACCAAAAGAGCCUGGAGCGUGAUAAUGCCGCUCCUUUUGGAGCAGAAUUCUAUUUCAAGAAGGGAUCGGUUGCAGAACGUCGUUGGAAGCAGCAGGAGGCAGAGAGAGCCGCAAGCUCAUCAUCAUCAGCAUCAUCAACAGCAUCAAAAUCAUCAGCAUCAAAAGGAUCAGAAGCAGCAGCAGCAGAGGAACUUACAGAGGAGGAUAGGGUCGCAGCAAUGGAGACAAAAAUCGAGUUUAAUGCCAGAGUCACGGAGGCAGAUCGCAACAACGAUAUCAAGUCGCUUGAGAGGGCUUUGCAACGGACAUUGUACCUGAUUGUCAAGAAGCCAAGAGAUCAGCAUGCCUGGCAGUUCCCUCAGGGAGGCGUCCGCGUCUGCGAGAACCUGCAGGAGGCCGCUGGUCGCGAAUUGCAGGAAGAGUGCGGAGGAAAUAUGGACUUGUGGUUCGUCGGUCGUGUACCCAUUGGGCACUACAUGUACUCGCCUCCCGUGGGCUCCAUGCCCGAGUCUUCUGCUAACGUGAAGGGCAUUAAGGUUUUCUUCAUGAAGGCACACAUCUUCGCAGGCCAAGUCCAGGUUGAUAACAAAGAGAUUGUUGAUUUUGCAUGGGUCACCAAGCAGGAAAUGAAGGACUAUGUCUCAUCAGAGUACUAUGAAGCUGUUAAGGACAUGCUUUCGGAUUUCUAGGAUGCGCCAGUAGUUUUUGCGCUGCAUAGUUGAGGGGGAUGAAAGGAAGGAAAGAUGUUCGUUACGUGCAUAUUCAGAUCGGAUGCUGCAUCUAUGGAUAUUUUCUGCUAUGUCCCUUGGACUUGUCAUUUUGUCAUUUAGAAUGGAAUAAAGAUAAUAUCUUG